CAUGGAGGGCAUCAAGGUGUUUUUGCACGAACGCGAGCUAUGGCUGAAGUUCCACGAAGUGGGCACGGAGAUGAUCAUAACAAAGGCCGGGAGGCGAAUGUUCCCCAGUUACAAAGUGAAGGUCACUGGACUCAAUCCAAAAACCAAGUACAUCCUGUUGAUGGAUAUUGUACCGGCGGAUGACCACAGAUACAAAUUCGCCGAUAAUAAAUGGUCGGUGACAGGCAAGGCAGAGCCGGCCAUGCCCGGCAGGCUGUACGUGCACCCCGAUUCCCCGGCUACCGGUGCCCACUGGAUGAGGCAGCUGGUUUCCUUCCAGAAGCUCAAACUCACCAACAACCACCUGGAUCCCUUCGGACAUAUCAUCCUCAACUCCAUGCACAAGUACCAGCCCCGGCUUCACAUCGUGAAAGCGGACGAGAACAACGGCUUCGGUUCCAAGAACACCGCCUUCUGCACCCACGUUUUCCCGGAGACCGCCUUCAUCGCCGUCACCUCCUACCAAAACCACAAGAUCACCCAGCUGAAGAUUGAGAACAACCCCUUUGCCAAAGGCUUCCGUGGCAGCGACGACAUGGAGCUCCACAGGAUGUCCAGGAUGCAGAGUAAAGAGUACCCAGUUGUUCCCAGGAGCACAGUGAGACAAAAAGUGUCCUCCAACCACAGCCCCUUCAGCGGCGAGACCAGGGUCCUUUCAGCCUCCUCCAACCUGGGCUCCCAGUACCAGUGUGAGAACGGGGUGUCCAGCACCUCCCAGGACCUGCUGCCUCCUGCCAACCCCUACCCCAUCUCCCAGGAGCACGGCCAGAUCUACCACUGCACCAAGAGAAAAGAUGAGGAAUGUUCCACCACCGAGCAUCCCUACAAGAAGCCCUACAUGGAAACCUCUCCAGCAGACGAGGACCCUUUCUACAGGUCCAGUUACCCUCAGCAGCAGGGACUGAACACGUCGUACAGGACUGAGUCGGCGCAGCGCCAGGCCUGCAUGUACGCCAGCUCGGCGCCGCCCACGGAGCCCGUGCCCAGCCUGGAGGACAUCAGCUGUAACACAUGGCCCAGCGUGCCCUCGUACAGCAGUUGCACAGUGUCUGCCAUGCAGCCCAUGGACAGGUUACCCUACCAGCAUUUCUCUGCCCACUUCACCUCGGGGCCGCUCAUGCCUCGCCUGGGCAGCGUGGCCAACCACACGUCGCCCCAGAUCGCAGACACCCACAGCAUGUUCCAGCACCAAAGCUCCCACCAGCCCAUCGUGAGGCAGUGUGGACCUCAAACGGGCAUCCAGUCCCCUCCCAGCAGCCUCCAGCCCGCGGAAUUCCUGUAUUCCCACGGCGUGCCUCGAACCCUGUCGCCCCACCAGUACCACUCUGUGCACGGCGUGGGGAUGGUGCCAGAGUGGAGCGAGAACAGCUAACCAGGGGGGCAGGGAAGUGCCAGAGCCACGGGGAAAUCCGAGAAAACGGGAGAAGGAAAAGGAAAAGAAUCCCCCUGUUGAUAACAAAGCGUUUUGCAAGACUCCUUGAAGUGAAUGUUCACCGCUAGCACUCGAGAGGGAUGGACACUGACUGAAAGCACGGCUGGAAGUCAUCGGCCUCGGUGUGACUUGCCCUGACCCCCCUUUCGUUUUCUUUUGUUUCAAAAGAAAAGCCAACAGCCCAGCACAC